AUGGAUGAGAAUUUUGACGUAAUUAUCAUCGGGGCUGGGAUUUCCGGCCUCAACGCUGCCUACCGCCUUCAGUCUCAGUUCCCAACGCUUCGAUAUACCAUCCUCGAGGCUCGCGAGAAUCUUGGUGGUACCUGGGAUCUCUUCAAAUACCCCGGAAUCCGCUCUGAUUCGGAUCUGUUCACCUUCGGGUUUGCCUGGCACCCCUGGGAAUCGGAUAACCCGAUCGCUCAUGGCCCCUCCAUUGUCAAGUACCUGGAAGGUGCCGCCGAGAAACAUGGAAUCAAGAAGCACAUCAAGUUCCAACACCACAUGUUAGGCGCUGACUGGUCAUCACCUGAGAGCACCUGGUCCGUGAGCGUCAAGCAUGAUGGCAAAACCAAGUCCAUCUCGGCCCAAUUCCUGGUGUUUGGAACUGGAUACUACGACUACAACACGCCUUUGCAGACCGAAAUUCCGGGCAUUGAACAAUUCCAAGGACAGGUGAUCCAUCCUCAAUUCUGGCCCGAGAAUCUGGAUUAUUCCGACAAGAAAGUGGUGAUCAUCGGCAGCGGUGCAACAGCAAUCACAUUACUUCCUAACCUCGCAGAGAAGGCGAAGGAAGUCACAAUGCUCCAACGCAGCCCAACCUACAUCCUCUCGCUCCCGAACAGAGCAUCUUCCUGGCUAAGCUAUAUCCUUCCUCGAUCCUUGAACAGCCGCUUCCAACGCGCCCGUCACCUCUACACGACGCGUAUUUUCUUCCUCUUUUGUCAAGCUUUCCCCAAUUUCUCCCGCUGGCUCCUUGGCCGCGGAACCACCAAACAACUCCCAAGCCACAUCCCCUAUGACCCGCAUUUCAAGCCACGCUACAAUCCCUGGGAGCAGCGCCUCUGCGUCUGCCCCGACGGCGACUUCUUCAAGUCUCUUCAUGCCGGCCGCGCACACAUCAAAACCGACACAAUCAGUCAAGUGACAACUUCUGGCAUCGAACUAAACUCAGGCUCCAAGCUUGACGCAGAUAUCAUCGUCACGGCCACGGGCCUCCGCCUCCAACUCGCCGGCGGUACCUCGCUCACCAUCGACGGGAACCCCCUUUCAUUUCCCGAUAAAUUCGCUUGGCACGGAAUGAUGCUUCAGGAUUUGCCCAAUGCCGCGUUUUUGCUCGGCUACGUCAAUGCGUCGUGGACGCUCGGCGCAGAUGCCACAUCGCAAUUUGUUUGUCGUUUGCUUCAGACAAUGCGCGAUCGCGGGGUCAAGGCUGCCGUUCCGAGAUUGAAUCCAGUGACUGAUAAAGGGUUGCAGCCUAGAAGGCUGUUAUCGUUGAACUCUACGUAUGUGCUGAAAGCGGAGAAUAGUUUCCCGAAAUCGGCAGAUCGGGCCCCUUGGCUUCCAAGGGAUAACUAUUUCGAUGAUAUGAAGUUUGCGAAGAAUGGGUCGCUUGACGGGUUAGAGUUCCUCGGUGAUAAGAAAGGCCUGUAA